AUGCCUCCGGCGCCUGUUGUGGCCACAGAGUGUGCGAAUGCGUACGUGUGCCCGCUGGACGCGGCGAAGCUGGUCGCGCUGCGCCACAUAGUGGAGGGCCUGCGGCAGGAGAGCGGCGGACAGAAAAGUGCGCUGGUGUUCAAGCCGAGGCGGUGGCGCUUCCAUGCAGAGAGGCCGACGUGGAAGAGUGAUAUCCGGUGGAUCAGCGCCGCCGACGAGCAAACCUUUCGCGGCCUCUUCGAGCCGCUCUUCGCCAAGCUCGGCAUCGCGUCGCUCUUCUCAUUCCUGGGCGACAUGGCUCUCUUCUCCGGCUUCUUUGUGACUCGAGGCCACACGCGCAAGACGCACUUCCACACGGACUUUGGCGACACGGGCAGCCGUUGCUUCACUCUGAUGACGCCGCUGUAUGACAUGGCCGACCUCCGCGACUGCCACCUGCUCUGCCAGGUGCCGACGGACGGCGAGGCAGCCGCUUGCGCGCCCGCCGCCGAUGCGCCCGCUGCCGACGUGCCCGCCGCAUGCCCACUCGCCGAUGCGCCCGUUGCGUGCACGGUCGCCGCUGCGGCGGUCGCCGCCGCCGCCUCCGUCGGCGCGAGGGACGUGAUCCGUCAGUAUCGCUACGAGCUCGGCACGGCCAUCGCGUUCGGCGACGGCUUCGUCCACGGCACGGAGACAGGCGAGGCGCCGUCGCAGCUGGCCUUCCUCUGCUUCACCUUUGGCGACCGCCGCUGCACGCCCGAGCAGUGGAGCGCCGCCGAGGGGUACAUCAAGGAGCAGGGGCCGGUCUACCAGGACCCGACAGGGCGGUUGGUGGUGAAGGAUGUAGCGUGA